AUCUUGAUUGGUGCAAUCUGGUUCCACUUUCGCGACGAGCUUGGCAGACAAGUUCGCUCGCUCGCUCGCACGCGCACACACACAAAGUGGUCGAGGCGCCCCCCGGUGUAAGUGAGCUCUGUCUGCUUCCGGAGCGGGAAGAUCGCUUCCCUACCUUACCUUACCUUACCUCUCCUUUCCCUCCUUCUCUUAUUCUAUUCCUGAUCAUGUAAGCGGGGUUGUUAUCGCUAAAUCCGAAUGGAAUAUUGUGAUUGGUUCGAGGCAGGUUACUAGUAAUACAUACAUACAGGUCCUAAGCUCUCGUAUUUAUAAGAAGUUGCUUUCUCUCUCUUCCUACCCCUUUCCCCCUUUUUCUUCGUCUUUUUGGCGUAAAGUGUCUUUACGCACUCACUAUUUCUACUCGCUGGACUCUUCGUGUACAUCUCGUUGUCGUCCUUGGUAGUUUUGCUUCUUUUCGCAAUGGAUGCUCCUCACCCCCUAUCUGCUGCUGCUCUCUUCGGCCUGAAGGAUUGGGUCGCUGUCGUAACCGGAGGAGGCACGGGCGUGGGCUUAAUGAUUGCGCAGACGCUCGCUGCUAAUGGCGCAAAGGUGUACAUCACCGGUCGCCGGGCCGAUGUCCUCGAGACGAGCGCGCGACUCCAUGGCGCGAAGGAUCAGCUGGGCGAACACGCCGGGGAGAUAUUACCGCUUGUUAUGGACGUCACGGAUAAGGAGAGCAUAAAGAGCGCAGCCGCAAAGAUCGGAGAGAAAGAGGGGUACCUUAAUGUUCUUGUCAACAAUGCUGGCGUUUGGAAGAGCAGGCCUGCUGCAAAGCCUACUGAUGGACCGGAGGCAUUUGGUGCGGCGAUGUUUGCUGAGGAGAUUGAGGAUAAUUGGCAGCAGAGUUUCCUCACGAACGCCACAUCCCCCUAUUUCGUGACCGCGGCCUUCUUGCCACUGUUAGCAAAGGCGAUCAGCAGCCCCGCAAAGCAAGUCGGUACCGUGAUCAACAAUGCUUCCAUCAGCGGGCUUCUGCGCAUGACGCAGAACUCCCAGUACUCGUAUAAUGCCAGCAAGGCUGCUGCAAUCCACGUCACGCGUCAAAUGGCGUAUGAUCUCAGCCAUGAGAACAUCAAUGUCCGAGUGAACGGACUUGCGCUCGGAUAUUUCCCGUCCGAGAUGACCACUGGCGCUUCCAACGACGAUAACCAAAGCAACUACGAUGUAGAGCAGUUCCGCGCCUUUUUGCAGUCGAUGGGAGUGAAGACGGUCAAGAGGAUGGGGUCACCGCGUGAAAUUGCCAGUGUCAUCCUCACUCUUGUUACCAAUGACUUCCUCUGGGGCACGGUCACCAUUCUCGACGGCGGGUUCACGUUGAACUUGCCGGGCAACAUGUGAGAAAUUAUAUAAUUCCGUAGACGAUUUUGAACGCUAUAUGCGUCAUGAAUUAUUCUUGAAAAAGCUUUUGUGUGAGCAUGAAAGCUCACCGAUUACGGCACGCCGCCCACCAGCGUGAAUAAAGCCAUAUGCUUGUGAACAGAUACUACUAUACGUAGAAUGAAGUAGUGGAGAAUCGAGAAGAGAAUAAAGCGAAGAAUGGAAAUCUACUCAGAUGUACCUUUGAUAUAUAUAGAUAUAGCUGAAGGUAUAAAAGGGGAAAAGUAAGAAGAGGGGAAAUAUAUACUAGGAGAAGUUAACCGAAGCGUG